AGGGGAGAAAAAAAAGUCAAACUCGUCGCGGAAUAAGAAGAUGCCACGCAAGCGACGCGCCUCGACGCCGACAUUGGAAGCGGACGAAGACGAAUUCGCAUCCGAGGGGAAGUACAGCAAGGAUGAUUUGGAGAGCCGUGCGCCGAGGAACGCGGCUAACGCUAGGGAACGGGCUCGAAUGAGGGUGCUAAGCAAGGCGUUUUGCAGAUUAAAAACGACUUUACCUUGGGUACCGGCCGACACGAAACUCAGCAAAUUGGACACCCUCCGCCUGGCGGCUACGUACAUCGCUCAUCUUCGAGCGGUUCUCAGAGACGACACGGACGCGCAUUCCGAGACUAGAUCUUUGUCUUUGGCUCUAUCAUGGCCGUUUACUUUUCAAAGUGGUAACGCUUCCAUGUUGAUGAACAACAGUUGUAACGUAUCAUCGUCAACUUCAUCGAGUCCUAAUCAGUACCGUGGUCAGCAGGGAGCACACGAGAUCCAGAAUUUCCAUCAUUCUGGACAUCAUCAAGCCAUGUCACUACGUCACAAUCACGAGUCGCUUUCCUAUUUCUAAUAAAGCUUUUUUAUCGAAGGGUUAAAAUACGAGAAAAGAACAUUCUGUUCGUGAACAAAAAAAAAGAAAAAAAUUUCUUCACUUGCAACAGCGUUAUUAUAUAAAAUCGUGAAAAUGAAAAUUUAUAUUUAUUUCAAAGUGCCUUAUCGUUUUUACUAUUUAUUGAUCUAUAUUCAUUUUAAGAACAUUUAUUGUAAUAUCUUUAGAUUAGAUCACAUUAUUGUAACCAAAGCGUAAAUACUAGUCCAAUAAAAUAUUUCUAUACAGUUAUAAACUGCAAUUAUUAU